GUGACAUGAAUGGAUGGGCUGGACACACCUUCCAGCCUUCUGGGGGGAAAAAAAAAAAGUCCAAAUCUGCAUAGAGAGCAGGAGGGACUCCUCCGGCGCCCCCAGAGCCUGCGCCGCGGUCCAGGGGAGCGCACAGCUCCCCCCUCCCACACUCACUCCUCCCCUCCUUUAAAAAAAGGCCCAGCCCAAAUAAAUACUAUCUUUCCCAGCGGGCCGGCGUCCGGGGUGCCCUCGCCUCCUUUCUGGCCUGAGCGCGCUCCAGCGCUGUGGGAGGCGGCGCGCGGGGCCGGAGGCGGGCGUGCAGCGGACCCGGGAGCCGCACCAUGCUCCCCAGCGCCGUGGCGGCCCACGCCGGCGCCUACUGGGACGUGGUGGCUUCCUCCGCGUUCCUGAACUUCCCGGCCGCGCCGGGCUUCGGCAACCUGGGCAAGAGUUUUCUUAUCGAGAACUUGCUGCGUGCUGGGGGCGCUCCGCCGCACGGCCUGCCCCCGCCCCCGCCGCACGGCCCGGCUGCGGCUCUAGUCGCGGGCGCGCAGGUCCGGCCCCUGCCCGCCAGCCCCGUUCCCCUCAAGCUGUGCCCGGCGGCCGAGCAGGUCAGCCCUGGCGGGGCGCCCUACGGCACGCGGUGGGCAUUUCAAGUUCUCAGCCCCUCAGCGGACGGCGCCAGGCUGCCGGGCCGGGCUCCGGGGGACCGAGACUGUGCCUUCCAGCCGUCAGCCCCAGCGCCUUCCAAGCCCUUUUUUCUGAGCGCCCCACCAUUCUACCCGGCGUGCUGCGGUGGGUCCUGUCGGCGCCCUGCAUCCCCCACUGCUUUUCCAAGAGAAGAGAGUGUGCUGCCUCUUCUGACACAGGAAUCUAAUUCCAAAGCUCGAAGGGGUAUUUUAAGAAGAGCUGUCUUUUCUGAGGACCAGAGAAAGGCUUUGGAGAAAAUGUUUCAGAAGCAGAAAUAUAUCAGCAAAACAGACCGAAAGAAACUUGCCAUCAGCUUGGGACUAAAGGAAUCACAGGUGAAAAUAUGGUUUCAGAACAGAAGGAUGAAAUGGCGGAAUUCCAAAGAAAAGGAAGUGCUUUCCAACAGGUGUAUCCAAGAAGUUGUCCUUCAAGAGGACCCCCUGUCACGAUCGGCGCUGGGUUUCCCUUCGCCGUGCCCUUCCCUCUGGGAAGUCUCUCAACGUCACUCGAGUCCCAGAUGGAGGGAGAAUUCACCAGAACCUUCUGAGAGACCAAUCCAGGAGAGUCCGGGGCCGCUGCCCCCAGAAGCCAAGUCACUGCAAGGCGCCCUGUAUUUGUGUUCUGAAGAGGAAGCUGGAGACAAGUGUGUCCUUCCUGCAGUGUGAAUGGAAGCCUUCUGCCAUGUUAAUUUUAAAGAACGCUUAACUAACAGUGUUUGGACUCUAAAGCCUGCUAGCUUGUGCCUCACCAGUGCCUAAAACCUAACACCUGUGGAGUGAAGCGUACACUAACAUUUUAGGAAACCCUCUCCAGUGUUCUCUUCUUUGGGUCCUAGACUCAGACUUAAUUUGUAAAUGGAACAGAAUCUCCCAGAAAGUACGAUGGAAUUGAAAAGACUGAGGAUAGUAGUUGGCUCAGUCUGUGCUCUGAGUAUAUGUAUAUAUGCGUCUCUAUGUGUGUAUGUAUAUAUAUAAAUAUUCAUUAAAAUACAUUAGUAGAAACUAGUGCCUCUCUAAAUAGUCCGUUGAGCAAAUUCACUUCCUUUUAAAUGAAGAAAAACCAACCAUGGACUGAAUGUUACUAAUUUUUUGAAAAUUAUGUGAAUUUGGACUUCAAAUUUUCAUAUCAAAAGAGCAUUUUUCUUUUCAUUCCCUAUUUUCUGGUCUCUUUCAGUAUCCAGCUAUAAAUGAUUUUUAACAACUCAGCUCAGCAAUCCUAAUCAAAUGAGCCCCUGUUAAAUACAUUCAUGAAAGUAUAUAUCUAAAGUUAAUCUGGAGUUCCCGCUGUGGUGCAGUGGGUUAAGAAUCUGACUGAAAUGGCUCGAGUUGAUGCGGAGGCUUGAGUUUGAUAUGUGGUCAGCACAGUGGGGUAAAGGAAGUAGCCACUGCCUCAGCUACUGCAUAGGUCACAGCUGUGGCUCAGAUUCAAUCCCUGGCUGGGGAACUUCCAUAUGCAUGGCUGCAGCCAUUAAAAAAAAUAUUAAUCCAAUAAGCAAUGGGAAGAAUUUCUGAAUGUAACUAUUAGUGUCUUUAAUUUCCAAGGCUCUGGACUUUAUCAGGACAUCGGUGAAGAAAGUACCUGUUUAACUAAUGAUGAUAUUUUGAUCUCUUUCCUGUAAGGAUGGCCCUUAGGCAGACUUUGCAAAAUAAACUGCUUUUUAAGGGCUUGUCAGGUAAAUAGAGGGCAUGGCCCACCAAAAGAUAAUUUAAUACUUUUUAAAGUACUGGGUUGGCCAAACCAAACAUCUGUGCCAAACAGUUUGUGACCUCCAGCCAAGAUUAAAGAAGUGUCACAGUUCUUAAAAUGUUCUCAACUGGACUUCAAAACCCAAUAGUGAUGGACUCUAUAGUGAUUUCUGUUUGCACUUCUAGUUAUAGACUCAUUUUUCCACCUAGGUGGUAUCCACUAUAUAUUAGUUUUUUUAUGUAUUAACAAACAACACACAGAUGUUUUAUGUUUUUUGAGUACUCUGAAAUAGAAUUAUUAUAAAAUUGCUUUUCUGGUAACAAUUUGCUUAGUUAAUCUAGAAUUUUUUAUUCCAGGUCCAAGAAAAAAUUAUGUUUCACUUUGAAGGAAAUGAGGCAGAGAAAGGAAAUGAUGUGGUUUUGAACUAGAUAAUUAUUAAUCUGUAGACAAGAGACAUUAUUAGAAGUUCAUGGUGUGGAAUUUUGUUAGUGGGAAAGCCCCAUGAAGAGAGUGGCCUCUAACUUGCUUACAUUCUUAGCUAGAGACUUAGGGUUUUAGAAGAGGUAAUAUCUCAGAAGAUAACAGUUUUUGUCAACACCAGGAAAUUAUUUUGUGUGACUGGAAUUCGAAUUGGUAUAUGGUAGCCUAUGUCUUUAUUACAAGAUCUUUUACUUAAAAAGUCAUCUCUGAAGAAACUGGUGUCAGUGCCUCUUUGUGGGAAGUAGAGGCAGGGAUCUGCUGACAGCAAUUUAAAUUUUGAAAGCUGUCUUAAAAUGAUUUAUAGUAAGGUUUCUUUUGUUUGUUAAUGUUAAGAUGGUUUACAUUUAUUGGGUCCUUUCUAUGGGCUAGAGAUUGUGUUAAUAAGCCUUUAGGAUGGAUUAACUCCUUUAAUCCUCAUGACAGUAACUCUAUGAAGUAGGAUCUGUUACUCUUAGGGUUCUUGUUACCCAGCUAAGGGGCCUGGGGCAGUAUGGUUAGGGUGAUUGCCCAGGGUCAUAAGGUUUAUAAAUGGACUUGACCCCUGGCAGUUAAUCUUCAAAUCUUGAAAUCUUACCAACCACGUAGGGGUGCAUCCCACCGUGGAAUGUAGUCAUCUAUGGGAUGCAUUGCAGGACGUACAUUUGGGGAUUGCCCUGAAAUUUAUUAAAGAAAUUCAGAAACACAUUGUACUUUACAAUCUCUUCCUUGAGGGAAUGGUUUUCUCUUCAGUAUUUCCUUCUCUAUUAAUUUCAAAGUUUAGGGAAAGUAAGGAAUCACAAGUAUUUAACUAUGAAGACUCUUUAGAGAAUAGUCCUGUAGGAAUGUUCAAGUGGGAAAAGGAAGUAUAUGUUUUUAUCACUCCUUGCUAGAAAUCAUGGAGUACUUAUCUAUGGUCAGUGUUUCUGAAAAUAACCUGAAAAUCAAAUGAAAAAAACCUGGGUCCUGGCCAUCUGAUUCUCCAGGUUUUAUUUUAGAGGUGGGCUACUUGGUGCUUAAAUGGUCUUCCCCCAGGGAUUUGCCUCAAGCUCUGAGAUGUAGCAGAGGCUUCUCUUUGUAGGAUUGGCCUCAGAAUCAUAUAUACAGAUAAGUCUUUUAAUUGGUUUCUACCCUGGAAUAUGUUAAAAGCUUAGGAAAAGCACAUCUUGGAUGAAUAUAUUAGAGGUACACACACACACACACACACACACACACACACACACACACUCAUCCACAUGGUAUAUAAGCCUGCGCCUGCUGUGCCUUGACUUUGUCUGAAUUCUUGGAAUCAUUGAGCUUCACAUUCUAAUUGACAAGGGUCUCCUUUCUCCCUUCAUCUCUGUGUUACUAACCCUCCUUCCAUCUACAGGGUAUUUGCACAUGUAUUUUCCUCUGUUGUCUAAACGCAGACUUCUUUUCCCCACGUGAUCCUAUAUAAAUAUGUUUGCGGUCUGCUUUCCAGACAAAUGCUACUAUAGUAAGUACUAGGACCUUAGAAGCCUGCAGGCCAAAGUAUUUGAAAAAGUUUAAAAGACAUUGUCAGGUAUCUAAAGUGGAAGAGAAAGGAAAAAUGGGUGAGCACCAUCCUUCAGCUUUUAUAAAGAUAAAUACAGAGGCUUGGGAGUCUAUAAUCAUCAGGUUAGGAAUGGUCACUGGGUCUAGAGACAGUGAAGCUGUGAUUGUUGACGUUUAAAAGGAAAUUCUGCUUUGUUAAUAAUGAUGUGGUUUGAAUGAGGAACCCAAUUCUUCAGUCCAGUGGUUCACAGACUUUAAAAAUCCAUACCCGUGAACAUGUCAUCAUUUCCAGUCAGUGUUGGGUAUGUGCUCAGAUUUGGACAUAUACGUCAAACCUACUCUUCAGUAUCUGCACCUCCCACUCCGCCCCUUGAGAAUUAUUAUACAUAUACUAUUUUUACUUUUCAUAUAAGUCAUAAAUAAAUGUGAACUGUACACAUC